AUGAAGCUUCUUCUUUCGCUCCUCGUCGCCUGUGUCUGGCUGACGUCGGUGGACGCCAAAGCUGUGUUUGCUCAUUUUAUGGUCGGCAACACGGAGCACUACACAGAAGCAGACUUCAGCAGGGAAGUCUCUUUGGCGCAAGAGGCCCACAUUGACGGCUUCGCGCUCAACUUCGCCUAUGGCGAAAAGACUAACGGCCUGUCCAUCCCUAAGGUUUUCUCCGCGGCUAAUAGCCGUGGUUUCAAGCUCUUCUUUUCUUUCGACUACGCCGGUAACGGCAGCUGGCCUCAGGAUGAUGUAAUCGCACUUAUACAAAAGUACUCGUCACAGGCAUCUUACUUCCUUCACGAGGGCUCAAAGCCGCUUGUGUCUAACUUUGAAGGCCCCAAGGCGGCGGAUGACUGGCACCUGAUUAAGGAGCAGACCAACUGCUUCUUUAUGCCGUCCUGGUCUUCCCUCGGCGCGAAGAAAGCCCUGCGUCCCGGUGUGGCUGAUGGCCUGUUCAGCUGGGCGGCCUGGCCCGAGGGACCGAACUCCAUGGACACGGUUAUCGACUCGUCAUACGUUGAGUUUCUUGCUGGAAAGCCGUACAUGAUGCCUGUUAGCCCGUGGUUCUACACGAACCUUCCCGGCUAUAACAAGAACUGGCUCUGGCGGGGUGAUAACCUGUGGUACGACCGUUGGACAAACGUCUUCGUCAUGCAGCCCCUUUACGUCCAGAUUAUCUCGUGGAAUGACUUUGGGGAGUCCCACUACAUUGGGCCACUGAACGACAAUGCCUACGUCGCGUUCGAAGUUGGCAAUGCACCUUUCAACUACGUUAAGGAUAUGCCCCACGACGGUUGGAGGCUUUUCCUCCCAUACUUCAUCGACAUGUACAAGAACGACAUCGCGACUAUCACCCAGGAAGGAGUUGUGGCUUGGUACAGACGGACUCCAGGCUCUGCCUGCGCCGCCGGUGGCACUGUCGGCAACACUGCGGCCCAACUGCAGCUGGAGAUGCCCGCUACCGAGUUGGCCCAAGAUAUGGUUUUUGUCUCCGCGCUCCUGACCAAGACCCGUCAGCUGUCGGUCACCAUCGGAGGCAAGCAAUCGUUGAAUUCGUGGAAUUUCAUCCCGCCUAACGGCAUCGGCGUCUUUCACGCGGCGGUGCCAUUCAACGGGAGGACCGGAGUGGUCAAGGUCGAGCUGCUCGACAACGGGAACUCCGAGCUAGUUGUCAGCGGCGCGUCAAUCACCGGCAGCUGCCCCGACGGCAUCCAGAACUGGAACGCCUGGGUGGGAAGCAGCUCCAAAUCCGUCAGUCCUACAACGCCGACCAAGAAGGUUUCUGAGCUCCAGUGCCAGAAGGGCUGGGCCAAGGACUCUCAUAACCUCCUCUGUACCUACACCUGCAUGCACAACUACUGUCCACCGGGUCCCUGCACGUGUAGCUGGCUGGGAGUGGGCGCGAAGUUCUCCGAGGAUCCCGUCAGUCUAAAGGGUUAUCCCGGUCCAGGCAUGACCUGCGACUACCUGGGUCUUUGCAGCUUCACCUGCGACCACGGAUUCUGCCCUGCUCCAUAUUGCUAUGCAGACGAAAGUCUGAUAGGGAAGUGUGUUAUCCCCGUCGACCCUCCCGAAUCAGAGGAUGAGGACGAUGAUGAUUCCAGCAACGACGGGCUCAUCUGGAUCGACCCCUCGAUCUGGGAUGAGGAGCACCCCCAAGUGACUUGCCAACCGCCCUGCACGCUCGUCCUACCUCCCUGGACGAAGCUUCCGACUACCACGAUUGAAUACCCGAUCAUUACCAUAGACGGAAAGACAACGACGUUUCCGCCAGUGACAGUCAGCGAGUACGAGCUCUCUACCGUCGUUGUCAAGUCUCAGUCCACCAUCACGCCGAUCAUCAGUUCCACCAAAUCUUGGAAGCCAAUUACCUACACUGAGAACGGAACACCGAGGACUGCCAAGCCGACAGAACCGGUCCCCCCUCCACCGGGUCCGACGCCACCGCCUCCGCCACCUUUCCUGUAUCCCGGCAUGGUGGUCGGUCGUGACGCCUUGGAUGACGCGUCGGAGACGUUCUGCCAGUGGCUAGAGGACCAUUACGGGAAGAAGAGCUUGGGACCCGGCUCGUUCAUCGAGAUGCCCCUCAAUUAUACUGCGAUCAUUCCAUUCCAGGUAUUAGUUUCAGUCGAGCGGGACGAGCUUUAA